AUGACACUGCCAGCCUCAGAGAGGCUGCUGCUGCUGCUGCUGCUGCUGCUGCUGCUACUGUGGGACCUGCAGUGGGAGAGAGGGCCUGAGGAAGGAUUGUCCAGCUUCUGUGGUUGCCCUGCAGUGCCUUCCUCCUUUUCACACACAGAGGCCCAGAUACCUCCAGAGAUGCUGUGGCUGCUGCUGCCUCUGCUGUGGGCAGGGGCUCUGGCUCAGUCUCCAGGAUACACGGUGCAAGUACAGAAGUUGGUGACGGUGCAGGAGGGCCUGUGUGUCUCUGUGCCCUGCAAUGUGUCCUACCCCCAGGGUGGCUGGACUGAGUCUGACCCAGCUUAUGGAUUCUGGUUCCUGGAUGGAGCUAAUGCAAACAACGAUGCCCCGGUGGCCACAAACAAACCAGAUCAUAAAGUGCAGGAGGGGACCCAGGGCCAUUUCUUCCUCCUUGGGGAUCCCAGGAACUACAACUGCUCCUUGGACAUCAGAGACGCCAGGAAGACAGAUGGCGGAUCAUACUUUUUUCGGGUGGAGAGAGGAUCUAUGAAAUUUUCUUUCAAAGAUUACAAGCUCACCGUGCAUGUGACGGCCCUCAACCACACACCUGACAUCCUCAUCCCUGGGAACCUGGAGUCUGGCUGCCCCAUGGACCUGACCUGCUCUGUGCCCUGGGCCUGUGAGCGGGGCACGCCCCUCCUCUUCUCCUGGAUGUCAGCUACUCACCCCUCCCUGGUCCCCAAGACCCACAACUCCUCAGUGCUCACCCUCACCCCACAGCCCCAGGACCAUGGUGCCAGCCUGACCUGUGAGGUGACCUUGCCUGGUGCCAGAGUGACGACGAGAACCAUCCACCUCAAUGUGUCCUACUCUCCACAGAACUUGACUGUAACUCUCUUCCGAAGAAACAACUCAGCACCCACAGUCCUGGAGAACAGUUCAUCUCUUGAUGUCAUGGAGGGUGAAUACUUGCGUCUGGUCUGUGAAGUCAACAGCAACCCCCCUGCCAGGCUGAGUUGGACACAAAAGAAUCAAAUCCGGAACUCCCCUGAGCCUGGGGUCCUGGAGCUGCCCAGAGUGCAGGUUGGAGAUACAGGGAAACUCACCUGCCAGGCCCAGAACCCUCAGGGCUCCCUGCACCUCUCUGUGAACCUCCUUCUGUCCACAAAAUCAGGGCCCAUGGCAGUGGUGGUGCUGGUGGCCAUUGUGGAAGCUGUUGUCAAGAUCCUGCUCCUCCUCCUCUGCCUCAUGGUCCUCAUGUACCACUUGAGGAAGGUGGCGAGGCCCACACAGGGCAUGGAGAAAGCCAACACUGUCUCAAGUGCCCAGACACCUCCAGAGAUGCUGCUUCAGCUGCUGCUGUCCCUGCUAUGGGCAGGGGCCCUGGCUGAGGAUCCCAGAUUCAUGGUGCAAGUAGAGCCGGUGACGGUGCAGGAGGGCCUGUGUGUCUACGUGCCCUGCAGUGUGUCCUACCCCCAGGAAGGCUGGACUGAGUCUGACCCAGCUUAUGGCUUCUGGUUCCUGGAAGGAGCUAAUAGAAACUACGAUGUUCUAGUGGCCACAAACAAACCAGACUGUAGAGUGCAGGAGGGGACCCAGGGCCGAUUCUUCCUCCUUGGGGAUCCCAGGAACUACAGCUGCUCCCUGCACAUCAGAGACGCCAGGAAGACCAAUGGUGGAUCAUACUUUUUUCGGGUGGAGAGAGGACCUAUGAAAUUUUCUUUCAUCAAGAACAAGCUCACUGUGCAUGUGACAGCCUUCAACCACACACCUGACAUCCUCAUCCCUGGGAACCUGGAGUCUGGCCGCCCCAUGGCCCUGACCUGCUCUGUGCCCUGGGCCUGUGAGCGGGGAACGCCCCCUCUCUUUUCCUGGAGGUCAGCUACUCACCCCUCCCUGGUUCCCAUGACCCACAACUCCUCAGUGCUCACCCUCACCCCACAGCCCCAGGACAAUGAUGCCAGCCUGACCUGUAAGGUGACCUUGCCUGGUGCCAGAGUGACCACGAGAACCAUCCACCUCAAUGUGUCCUACUCUCCACAGAACUUGACUGUAACUCUCUUCCGAGGAAAUGACUCAGCACCCACAGUCCUGGAGGACGGUUCAUCUCUUAAAGUCAUGGAGGGUGAAUACCUGCGUCUGGUCUGUGAAGUUGACAGCAACCCCCCUGCCAGUAUAAGAUGGACACGAAGCAACUGGGUCCUGAGCUCCCCCAAGCCUGGGGUCCUGGAGCUGCCCAGAGUGCAGGUCGGAGAUGCAGGGAAACUCACCUGCCAGGCCCAGAACCCUCAGGGCUCCCUGCACCUCUCUGUAAACCUCCUUCUGCCCAGAAUGCUGGGCUCUUUAUCGGGAGUGACGCUGGGGGCCCUCGCGGGAGCAGGCGUCAGCACUUUGCUCUUCCUGUUCUGCAUCGCUGUCUUCAUAGUGAGGUCCUACAGGAAGAAAGCGUCAAGGGCAAUAGCGGACACGGGGGACACGGGCACGGAGUGCCCAGCUGCCACCACAAGGACAAUCUCGCAGGGUCCCCUGAUUGAACCCGGGCCAGGCAGCCUCACAGACCACCCUCCCCCAGCUCUGGCUGUCUCCUCUGUGGGGGAAACAGGAGAGAUUCAAUAUGCAACUCUGAGAUUUCAACAGAUGAAGCCUAAGAACCCUCAGGAACAGGAGGAGGUGCCUGAAAACGAAUACUCUGAGAUCAAGAUUUCCAAGUGAGAACUGUGGAGGUGUGGCCCUGGCUUGAGGAACACAGCCCCUGCAGGCAAAAAACCAAAAACAAACAAACAAAAAACCCACAAAAAACCCCAGGGGCUGAUUCCUGUAGAAUUAAAAGCCCUCUGGGUGAGGAGUUAGACGUGUAGCGGAAAGAACACUGACUCUGGACCCAAAGAGUUUCGAGUUCAAAUCCAUACUCUGCUCCUUUACCAGAGUCAACCCUGACUCUGUGACAGUCAGACCCUCUGCCUUUCUGUGCUUCCGUUUCCUGCCCUGUGAAAUCAGCUGAGAAGCUUUGCUUGUAAGUGCAUGGUGAGAAUCACAGGAACAGAAUCCUAUCAGAGUGCCCGGCUCAAUAUGUAUGCUGAGUGCCUGGCUGGGUUUCUGGGCUUUGAACAAAAAGUUCCCACUGGGAAUUUCUCCUGACUCUGGAAGUGACCAGCAUUGGUGCCGUGCACACUGAGGUUCCUCCCCCUGGAAUGCCCCACCUGGCCUUCAUCAGCCUGUCUUUGAAAGUGGGGCUCAGGGGGUGAACUUCUGGGUUGAGAUGUGGGUCAAGCAGGAGCUGGUGAUGUUCCCCCAUAAAGACAAACCAAAUGAAUGAGAAAGGUUCCCAAGCUGAUCACACAGCCAUCGGAUGAAUCGAACAACGUGAUCUGAAAACUCGCCUCCACACGUCCAUAGAUUCGGCCAUCGAGGAGCCUCUGUCUCUCUCUGCGUCUGUGUCUCUCCUGCUCUCACUCUCUGCUUCCCUGCUCCUUUCUUUCCUUUCCAUCUUUCCUCUUCUCUCCCUCUUUCUUUCCUUUCCUUUUUCUUUUCUUUCUUCUACUGUAACUGCCAGAGUAAUGAACACAUUUGUUUAUAUACUUUUGGGCACAUCCAUAAAGAUAGUUC